AUGGAUGACGACGAGUUAGAUAACAAAGAUUCUAUGGAGCAACAAACCACGUCAACACAGCUGACGUUAAACGAAGCUUAUCACCUGCGUAAAGCAGGGAUCGUAGAGCAGUUAAAAAAGCGAGGAAUCGAAGUAAACGAAUCGGUCUCGAGAGACAGCUUGAGAGAACAGCUCGUUAAAGUAGUGCGGAACAGCAGCAGCAGCAGCGAGUCGGAGGAGGAGAUCAGCGACCAGGGCAGCGGGAGCGGCCCAUCGCGUAGCAGCAACUUCAUUGACUUCCACAACAUCAACUCAGAGGUAAUUACAAGCGACAGCGAUGCGACGCGCGCGGCUCCGAUAUUUUUCGAUGUGAAAAUUAACGGAAAGAUAGUUGCGAUGGAAUUCGAUUCGGGAACUUAUUUCAGCGUGAUGUCUGAAGGUUUCGUAAACAAAACAUUCGGUAGUUUGAAAGUGACUAGUUCAAAAACCAAAUUAAUAUCAUACGAAAAUAAAACCAUGGAAUCGCGAGGUCAAUUGAAAAACUUAACGGUUACUUUUAAUAACAAAACAAAAGUUUUGAGUUGCUUAGUGUUGAAAGGUGAUAAAAUUCCACUGAUAGGGAGGCAGUGGCUCUCAAUAUUCGGGCUUUGGCCUUUAGAACGUUUACUGCACUCAGACAUCGUAGCUAAGAGUAAAAUCGGUAUAUAUAGCAUGCAAGCCGAGGGAGUGCGCGAGUCAAUGUUAAAAGAGUUCGAGAAGCUGUUUAGCGACACGCCCGGCGUGUACAACAAGCGCAAAGUGAAAAUACAUAUCAAACCGAACGUAAAGCCGGUGGCGCUUGGAGCAAGGCAUAUGCCGUACGCGUUACGUCCAAAAACCGAACAAGAACUCGAACGCAUGCAAGCCGAGGGAGUGCGCGAGUCAAUGUUACAAGAGUUCGAGAAGCUGUUUAGCGACACGCCCGGCGUGUACAACAAGCGCAAAGUGAAAAUACAUAUCAAACCGAACGUAAAGCCGGUGGCGCUUGGAGCAAGGCAUAUGCCGUACGCGUUACGUCCAAAAACCGAACAAGAACUCGAACGGUUAGUUAAACUAGGUAAUUUAAAAAAAGUAGAAUCGAGCGAAUGGGCAACGCCUAUAGUCCCUAUUCAAAGGUCUAACGGAAAAAUAAGAUUAGAUUUGCCGCACGCGUAUAUGCAGUGCGAAGUAGAGGACGAGUCGCAAAAGUAUUUAACAAUAACUACUCAUAAGGGGCUUUAUCAAUACACGCGGUUGUCGGAAGGCAUUAGCAUUGCUCCAAGCGAAUUCACGCACAUAAUGUCAGAAUGUUUACAAGGUAUUCCGAAUGUUAUAAAUUAUAUGGAGAACAUCUAUGUAACGGGAAAAACAAAUGACGAACAUGUAGAUAAUUUACGAACAGUAUGUCAACGGCUGUUGGAUCGCGGAAUUCGUUUAAAUAGAGACAAAUGUGAAUUUAUGAAAAACCGUAUAGAAGUGUUAGGAUUCGUGAUAGACAAGGACGGCCUGCAUAAAGCAAAGUCCAAGGUCGUAGCAAUGUAUGAGGCACCGUGCCCCGAAAACACCAAACAGCUCGAAUCAUUUCUUGGACUAAUUAACUUCUACGAAAGAUUCUUGAAAAACAAAUCAGCCCAGCUGAAACCUUAA